GUUUUUCUUGCAGUACUGUGUGCAAAAAACUUGGUGAAAAAGGACUUUUUCCGACUUCCUGAUCCCUUUGCUAAGGUUGUGGUGGAUGGAUCUGGCCAAUGCCAUUCUACAGAUACUGUGAAGAAUACACUUGAUCCCAAAUGGAAUCAACAUUAUGACCUAUAUAUAGGGAAGUCGGAUUCAAUAACAAUCAGCGUGUGGAAUCACAAGAAAAUUCAUAAAAAGCAGGGAGCUGGAUUUCUGGGUUGUGUGAGACUUCUUUCAAAUGCCAUCAACCGCCUUAAAGACACUGGUUAUCAGAGGUUGGAUCUGUGCAAGCUUGGGCCAAAUGACAACGAUACUGUUAGAGGGCAGAUAGUAGUCAGUCUUCAGUCCAGAGACCGAAUAGGCACAGGAGGACAAGUUGUGGAUUGCAGUCGGUUAUUCGAUAACGAUUUACCAGAUGGGUGGGAGGAGCGCAGGACUGCUUCUGGAAGGAUCCAGUAUUUAAACCACAUCACACGGACAACUCAGUGGGAGCGACCCACACGGCCAGCAUCCGAGUACUCGAGCCCGGGGAGGCCCCUGAGCUGCUUUGUGGACGAGAACACUCCGAUCAGCGGCACCAACGGCGCGUCCUGCGGGCAGGCGGAUCCGCGGCUGGCCGAGAGGAGGGUGCGCUCCCAGCGGCACAGGAACUACAUGAGCAGGACGCACCUGCACACUCCCCCCGACCUGCCUGAGGGAUACGAGCAAAGGACAACUCAGCAAGGUCAGGUCUAUUUUCUGCAUACUCAAACUGGUGUCAGCACGUGGCACGAUCCAAGAGUACCCAGGGAUCUUAGCAACAUCAAUUGUGAGGAGCUUGGUCCACUGCCUCCUGGAUGGGAGAUCCGAAAUACAGCAACAGGCAGGGUUUAUUUUGUUGACCAUAACAACAGGACGACGCAGUUCACGGACCCGCGGCUCUCUGCGAACCUGCACUUGGUGCUGAACCGGCAGAACCAGCUCAAGGACCAGCAGCAGCAGCAGCAGCAGCAGGUGGUGUCCCUGUGCCAGCUCCCGGACGAGGCCGAGUGCCUGACGGUGCCGCGCUACAAGCGGGACCUGGUGCAGAAGCUGAAGAUCCUGCGGCAGGAGCUGUCCCAGCAGCAGCCUCAGGCUGGCCACUGCCGCAUCGAGGUCUCCAGGGAGGAGAUUUUUGAGGAAUCCUACAGGCAAGUCAUGAAGAUGAGACCAAAAGACUUGUGGAAACGAUUAAUGAUAAAAUUUCGUGGGGAGGAAGGCCUUGAUUAUGGAGGUGUUGCCAGGGAGUGGCUGUACCUGUUGUCCCAUGAAAUGUUGAAUCCAUACUAUGGGCUCUUCCAGUAUUCCCGAGAUGACAUCUACACCCUGCAGAUCAACCCUGACUCCGCUGUCAACCCGGAACACCUGUCCUAUUUCCACUUUGUGGGCCGGAUCAUGGGCAUGGCUGUGUUCCAUGGGCACUACAUUGACGGCGGCUUCACGUUGCCUUUCUACAAGCAGUUGCUUGGGAAGCCAAUUACUUUGGAUGACAUGGAAUUGGUUGACCCUGAUCUCCAUAACAGCUUAGUCUGGAUACUUGAGAACGACAUCACUGGGGUCCUGGACCACACGUUCUGUGUGGAGCACAAUGCCUACGGGGAGAUCAUUCAGCAUGAGCUGAAACCCAAUGGCAAAAGCAUCCCUGUGACAGAGGAGAACAAAAAGGAAUAUGUCAGACUUUAUGUGAACUGGAGGUUUUUACGAGGAAUUGAAGCUCAGUUCCUGGCGCUCCAAAAGGGAUUCAAUGAAGUAAUCCCACAACAUCUGCUGAAAACAUUUGAUGAGAAGGAGUUAGAGCUCAUCAUUUGUGGACUGGGAAAAAUUGAUGUUAACGACUGGAAGGCAAAUACCAGGUUAAAACACUGUACCCCGGACAGCAACAUCGUGAAAUGGUUCUGGAAAGCCGUGGAGCUCUUCGACGAGGAGAGGAGGGCGCGGCUGCUGCAGUUCGUGACCGGCUCCUCCCGGGUGCCCCUGCAGGGCUUCAAGGCACUGCAAGGUGCUGCAGGCCCACGACUCUUCACAAUACACCAGAUUGAUGCGAGCACUAAUAAUUUGCCGAAAGCCCAUACCUGCUUCAACAGGAUCGACAUUCCCGCCUACGAGAGCUACGAGAAGCUCUACGAGAAGCUGCUCACGGCCAUCGAGGAGACCUGUGGCUUUGCUGUGGAAUGACCCUCCCAGCCUCUCCCAGACUCUAUUUAUACUCCUGUCAGCCAGAAAGCCCUUCCUUCCCUCAGCCAAGACUCAAGAAAUGCUUGAAAUACAGGAAACUUUCCCUUCUCUACACUAGGACACUGG